GCCCCGGCUCCUCCCCUCGGUGGUGGUCUCCGGGCAUGCUGGGAGUCUCCUCUGGGCCUCCUCAGCUCCCGGAAGCUGCACAGCUACGCUUCUGGGACCUUUGCUGGGCACACACAGAAGAAGUCUCCCCCCUCGGGGCUGCCACCCCCCGAAGCACCCCAGGGUGGCCCCUCAGAGAGCCCGCAGCCAGAGGAAUGGCCCCCGGGACCCCGAGGCCCCCCUUCCAGGGGUUAAUAACCUUCAAGGAUGUGGCUGUGGACUUCACCCAGGAGGAGUGGUGCCUCUUGGACCAUUCUCAGAAGGAGCUGUACCUGGAGGUGAUGCUGGAGAAUGUGCAGAAUGUACUCUCUGUGGGGCUUCCAGUUCCUAGAGAAAAUUUGAUAUACUGUUUUCAACCAGGGAAAACACCAUGGCUGUUAGAGCAAAAGGGUCCAAGGAUCUCCCACUCAGAGGCUGAGACCAAUUUUGAAAUGAAGUUGUCUACAAAGCUGAGCCUUUUUGAGGAUGGAUCUGGCCCCCAAAGAUGCAUGAAUGAGGAUCCCUGUGGCUUCAUUUUGAGAGAAAUCUGUGACUCUGAUAUCAUGGUUAAAAAACAUGCAAAGACUGACUCUGAAUUUGAGGAUACUGCAGAGAAAUUCAGCCAGUAUUCAGUCCUAAAUCAGUAUGUGAAAUUGACCUCAGAAAAUUACUUUUGUCAGGAUAACAAACAUUGGAAAGCAUUUCCAGAAGAAGUAGGACUUGUUCUGUCAGCUGAGAAACCUCCUGAAAUGCCCAUGAAUCAAGAUAACCUACGUGGAAUGGCCUUUGGCUGGAUUUCAGACCUUUUUAGACAUCAAAAACAUGAAAAUAUUGAGAUGUUUUUUGCGAGUGAUAAUGGUGACAGGUCUUUCACUCAGAAUUCUGAGCUUGCAGAACAUCAGGGCAUCCACACUGGAGAGAAACCUUAUGAAUGUAAACAUUGUGGAAAGGCUUUUACUUGGAAGGGUGCUCUCAAUGCACAUCAGAGGAUCCACACUGGAGAGAAACCAUAUAAAUGUAAACAAUGUGGAAAUACUUUUACCUGGAAGAGCGCUCUUAUUGCACAUCAGAGCAUUCACACUGGAGAGAAACCUUUUGAAUGUAAAUACUGUGGAAAGGCUUUCACACAGAGGGGCCAUCUUACUGCACAUCAGAGAAUCCACACUGGAGAGAAACCUUAUGAAUGUAAACUCUGUGGAAAAGUUUUCACAUAUAGAUGCUCUCUCACCACACAUCAGAGAAUCCACACUGGAGAGAAACCUUAUGAAUGUAAACUCUGUGGAAAGGUUUUCACACAUAGGUGCUCUCUCACUAUACAUCAGAGCAUCCACACUGGAGAGAAACCUUAUGAAUGUAAAGACUGUGGAAAGGUUUUUACCUGGAAGUUCUCUCUCACUACACAUCAGAGGAUCCACACUGGAGAGAAACCUUAUGAAUGUAAACUCUGUGGAAAGGCUUUCAGAAAUAGGAGCCAUCUUGCUACACAUCAGAGAAUCCACACUGGAGAGAAACCAUACGAAUGUAAACAGUGUGGAAAGGCUUUCACAGAGAAGUGUUCUCUCACUACACAUCAAAGAAUCCACACUGGAGAGAAGCCUUUUGAAUGUAAACAAUGUGGAAAGGCUUUCAAAGAAAUGGGUAAUCUUGCUGCACAUCAGAAAACCCACACUGGAGUGAAACCUUAUGAAUGUAAACACUGUGGAAAGGCUUUUACCCGGAAGGUCUCUUUCAGUACACAUCAGAGGAUCCAUACUGGAGAGAAACCUUUUGAAUGUAAACACUGUGGAAAGGCUUUUACCUGGAAGAGCUGUCUCACUGCACAUCAGAGCAUUCACACUGGAGAGAAACCUUUUGAAUGUAAACAAUGUGGAAAGACUUUCACACGGAAGGACCAUCUUGCUAAACAUCAGAGAAUCCACUCUGGAGAGAAACCUUAUGAAUGUAAAGACUGUGGAAAGACUUUCACACAGAGGGACUAUCUUGCUACACACCAGAGAAUUCACACUGGAGAAAAACCUUAUGAAUGUAAACAGUGUGGAAAGGCUUUCACACGGAAGGGUUAUCUUGCUGCCCAUGAGAUUAUCCACACUGGAGAGAAACCUUAUAAAUGUAAACACUGUGGAAAGGCUUUUACCUGGAAGGGCUAUCUCACUGCACAUCAGAGCAUCCACACUGGAAUGAAAGCUUUUGAAUAUAAACACUCUUGAAAGGCUUUUACCUGGAAGGUCUCUCUCACUGCACAUCAGAGCAUUCUUACUGGAGAGAAAUCUUUUGAAUGUAAAUAUUGUGGAAAGGCUUUCACACAGAAGGGCAAUCUUGGUGAACAUCAGAUAAUCCACACUGGAGAGAAAGCUUAUGAAUAUAAAUAGUAUGGAAAGGCUUUCAGAAAGAGGAGACAUCUUGCUGCACAUCAGAUAAUCCAUGCUGGAGAGAAACCUUAUGAAUGUAAACAGUGUGAAAAGGCUUUCACAAUGUAUAAUUGAAAAUCUGUUAUCCUAAAAAAGAAAGAACUAUAUGUCCCAGGAGCCCACUGACUUCCUGUUAUUAUAUACUUCCUGUAGACAGAGGCUAAAUGGAGUGGGUAUUGAGGUGGUGAGUGGGGAUUUUUUAAAUGGGUAACCACCCAUGGACAUGUAGUUUUUAUUUUGUAUCCUCUUUAUUCUUUGGUUUUUAAUGAUCAUUUAAUAAACUUCAUAAAGUGUAUUUUAAUGAUUAAGAUAUAAUUUACAAUUUUACAGUUGGUGACCGGAAGGGAUGAAAAAAAACCCUCAAUUUUUCUUAAGAUAGCCUAGAUAAUUUUUUCAAGCCAUAUUUCUCCUGCCAAGAAUUUUUGCCCACCCCACUGUGACCACGAAAAUGUGGGUUCCAUGAUAUUAAAUUGCUAAAACUGUAAAAAUAAUUUUAGUGUCUUGAUUUUAUAUAAAAAAAUAAGUGGUCGCCAUGGGAAAAAUUCCCAAAUAUGAAAUACCUAAGUCAGCUGGGUUUUUGUGGAGAUUUUAAUUAAUACGAAUGGAAGAAUUAAGGAAAGGGAGAGAGACAGAGUAAGAGGAAAUAGUAGGAAAAGACCUAGGCCAUGGCCUAAGCCUUAAGAGAGACUAGUCAGUCUUUAAUCACCACAAGGUCGUUCCAAGCAAAACUCCAGUGUUCAGAGAGACCGUCCAAUUUGGCUUUCAGAGCUGAACUCCUCAGAGGCCUCAAGCUCCUUCCUUUUAAAGAAAAUUUUCUCGUGUCACCUCCCUUAAAUUUUCACAUCUACCAAUCACAGUAGACGUUUUUCCUAGGACUGCCCAUUCUUAGUUUUCACCACUCUUUAGUUCUCACCUUCUCUGGGUAGAUUAUAUCUUCUGAGUACUUUACACCUCUUUGCUAAGCUUGCCCUUUGUAAGUUGCUUGACCUUUCAGUGAUUAAUUUGAUACUUCAUAGGUACUUAGCACCCUUUUGUAUUAGAUCUAAAAAUAGACCUAGCUUAAGGUUUUGGCCUCACUAUAAGCAUGGGUUGGGGACUUUUUCUCAUUGUUCCAUCAGGAGUUUACAACUUUAUCUUCCCCUAAAGUAUACCUAAGUAUGGGUGGAGUAAUGUUCCCACAUACAUUCCUGACCAAGUACCUUCAUUGUUUAAAAUGGGGAAUAGCCUUAACCAAAUGUUCCAAGGUAGAGUCUCAGAAAUUUUAAGAUUCACACCACCCACCCUCGUAAACUGUGAGAGAGCUCAAACUCUCUUUGGAACUGCUCCUUUUUUCUUUUCCUACUUCUUGCCUGGUUGCUUGCCUUUCCUACUGGCCAGGCUGUUUUUAGCUGGGGGCUUUUGGCGGAGAAGAGAUAAGCCUCUUCUGAUUCUGCUCACUCCUGCUGCUAAAUCCCAGUGGCUUGCUUCUAUUCUUGCUCCAUCUUCUGCCUCCUGGGUUGUUCCAGCCAUCCACUCCCGACCUUGAACCAGAUCGCUCACCCAGCCCUAGCCCCUGGCCUCGCAGAAAUCCUCCUCCUGAUCUCUGGCUCUUAAAUCUCUGCUCUUAAAAUCAGCCUCCGACCGGACCCCAAUCCUUACCACUGCUGCUGAUUGCUGCCACCGACAAGCUAGGAGUCAGGGCAGAUGGUAAAAAAACGGGAGUGUUCUUACCUUAGGCAACAAUUAGCCUCCACAUAGCGGGGAUCCUGGGGAGAGGGAUGGGGAGAAGGAAGAGACGCUUCCAAACAGGAAGCUGAUUACAACCAUGGCGUAUUAUAUGAAAGAGUAGUGUAUUACCUGUUUCAAACAGCUUCCAACUUUAGGAUGUUCUUUUCUUUCUACCACUGAUCCUUUCAAUUAUCUUGCCUGAGAUUCAGGGGAGAAAUUCAUCCCCCUACAACCCUUUGCCAUUUGGGCCUGUCCAGUCUCUCAGAUUCAUCCAGUUUGAGAUUCCUCAACCCCACGUUCUCCCUCAAUAUGGGAAAUCCCUCAGUUCUGACAAAAGGAAUCUGAAUGGAUAGAGAAAGGAAUUUUAAAGAGACUGGAGGUGAAGAUUUUUAGCCUUUUCAGACUCCAUUGUUUUUAUGGAAGUCUCUGUAUUUUAUUGUAUUUUGCUGAUUCUUUUGUUUAAGAUUUAUUUUUGUUAAGUUCAUAUGUUAAUGUGUUCAAUACUAUUCUGUUACACUGAAUCAGUUUAAUCUAUUGUGUUUUAACUAUUAUAUUCUGUUACCUUUCCCCUAUGACUACUGAACAAAAUAUUAUAAAGUAUUGUAAAAGUCUAUAAACAGCCUUUUUUUUCUGUUUUCCAUUUUGCAUUUGUUAAUUGUCACAUAGAUGAUGGAUGGACUCAACCUGGCCAACAACCUUUAGAGAAUUUAAUAAGCUAAGAAUUUAAUUGUAAUGUUAAGGGGUCUUCAGAAAUAAUUUUAGAUAACUAGUGAUUUCUGAAUGGAUGACCUUUCCUAUUUAUAUUUAUAUUAUAAAGAAUGUAUUAUAGGUAGGGGACCAAAGAGCUGUUCCUACCAAGGUGUUUCUAUGAAGCAGGAAGCUGAAAAAAGAGCUCAUGCAAAACUCUUCAGUUUAAUUUACUUUCACCAGAACAAUCUAGAUUUCUUGAUGAUGUUCUAGAUCCUAAUAUAUUUUACUGUGUUUAACAAUAUAUUUGCCAAGUUGAAAGAUUUGUUACAUCUGUAAAAAUUGUGACAAACAUCCAUCAUUUCAUAGAGUUUUUUUUAUAUCAUACAACAACUUAUAUGAAAUAUUAUAGUGGUUUUUUUUGCUAUUGUGAAUUUUGGGGACUUUGGUGCUUCUUUCAAUGUGUAUUAUCUACUGUAUUAUUUAUUUGGAUUUUUAAAAAUGUUUUUGAUUUCUCUUGCCAAUUGAUUUAUAUACCUCAUAACUCAGCCAUGAAUCCCUAAGUGAUCCCUGUGUUUUUCAAUCACCCUCUUCAGGGGGGUAUGCAUAAUUACUAUUAUUUUAAGUUGCAAAGUUUAAAUUCUUUUUGAGAGUAAUUUUAGGUUAAGGAACAUGCUACCUCUCAGAAUCCAGAAAAUGAAUUCUUUGGAGAAGGCACCAUGAAGAUGCCUCCACAGACCACAUGCUGCACCAGAAGAUCCAGAGUGAAUUUUGGGAUGUGGUGAUUUGAACUGUGGGGUUGAAUGCAUUUGUUUUGUAUGUAUAUGCUUAUGCUGACAGAGACUGCCUCCUAACUGGCUUUUUGUCAAUGCGCCUAGCAAUUAUUGAUUUUGUUCUCUUUUCCUCUUAUCCUCAAAUUAUUGUAAUUUCAAAGAUGGUAUGUUUAAAAGACCCAUCAGAGAGACUAAUCUUCCUUGGCUCUCAGGGGAGAAUGUAUAAUUGAAAAUCUGUUACCCUAAAAAAAAAAAAGAACUAAAUAUCCCAAGAGUCCACUGACUUCCUGUCAUUAUAUACUUCCUGUUGACAGAGCAUAAAGGGAGUGGGUGUUGAGGCUCCUCCUUAUUUUGGCAUGAUGAGCAAUUAGCAGGGAUGGUGGUGAUUGGGGAUUUAAAAAAUGGCUAACCAGCCAUGGGCACAUGGCUUUUAUUUUGUAUCCUCUUUAUUCCUUGAUUUCUAAUGAUCAUUUAAUAAACCUCCUAAACUAUAA